AUGGAAAAUUUAAGCAGAAGAACUAUAAUUAGCCUGGUUGAUGUUAACACAAGGAGCACUUCUAUGUGGGGAUGUAGAGGCCCACUACUAGAAAGUGACCGAUCAACAUCGUCAAUUCUACGUCGAUUUAGUAGAUCUACGUCGAUUUUCAAAAUAACCAAUGUAGUAUAUUUUCCUUCCUCAACCAGCAACUUCAAAAACAAAAAUUGGCUCCAGGUGGGAGACGACCUCAACCACCGCAACCUCACCGACCUGGCGAAGAAGUUCGACGACAUCUUCCUCCUCCGCAUGGGGCAGCGGAACCUGGUGGUGGUGUCGUCGCCGGAGCUGGAAAAAGAGGUGCUGCACACGCAGGGCAUGGAGUUCGGGUCCCACACGUGCAACGUGGUGUUCGAAAUCUUCACUGGGAAGGGCCAGGACAUGGUCUUCACCGUUUACGGCGAGCACUGGCGCAAGAUGCGCCGCAUCAUGACCGUCCCCUUCUUCACCAACAAGGUGGUGCAGCAGUACCGCCAGGGCUGGGAGGUCGAGGCCGCCGUCGUCGUCCACGACGUCCGCAACAACCCCAGAAGCUCAGAGCUCUUAAUGGAGAAAGGAGUCACUUGGCGCAGAGCUUUGAAUACAACACUCCAUUCUUUGAGUUCGUACACUCCGUCAAGGCAUCCUCGCCGAUCAACUUCCUCGACGAGCACCGCUUCUUCUCCGAUGCCGACGCUUCCGAGUAUACAAAGAUGGGGUUUGCCGGUAAUGUUGAGCCAUGUUUUAUAGCAGGUAUACGCACUUUCCAAGUCUCAAUUGGGUUUUCGAUUCGGCAUGGUCAGGUUGAGAAUUGGGAUGCCAUGGCGCUUCUGACAGCAGUGCAUAUAGAUUUACAUCGGUUAUAAUAAGAAUCGAUGUAAAAUUAUAUAUAUUUACUCACUCUCUUCUACAUCGGUUUUAGAACCGAUGUAGAUGAUGUUAAAGAACCGAUGUAGAUAGCGUGUCUUGUAGUAGUGAGGAGUCAUUGCAGCACGAAAUGUUCUCUUGCAUGUUUGCAGACAGAUUAUGGAAGGCAUGCUAUGGAUGGAUAUUGGCAACAACAGUGCUACCACAAGGAUUGCUUCAAAAUUUCUUCUAACAACCUCUCUUUGGGAUGUCAAACAGAGAAAGAAUUAGGUGGCAGGUGGUAUGGUGCACGAUUACAUUGAACAUCUAGAAGUCAAGAAAUAAUAGCAGGUUUAAAGGGCAACAAGUCAGUGUAGACAAGGCAUAUCAAGAUAUAUUGUACUUCAUGAUCACUUGGUUGUGGCUAAGGUUGGAUAAGUCAUUUCAAUACAGCUACCAACAGUGGCACAUCAAUCCAGGUGCUUGUAUUCCAGAUAGUCAUUCCUUGCUUAUUUACUAAAAAUGGAGUGCGAAAACCAGAUUUACUGUAAAAUAAUAUAGGAGAAAUGUAAGAAGAAAAGAAUUGUAGGUGUCAACAUUUAAGGGGUAAAUGAUAGAAGAGAAAUAAUGGAUCCCGAUGACGUAGUACUAGCAAUUAAAACCUCUCAGAGGUAUGGGUACAGGGUGGGGCUGUUGUCUAUGGUUGAAGUGGACCUUGUGCUAAAAUUGAAAAAUUACAUAAGGCUAACACAUGGAAGCUAUAGAAUAGGGCUACAAGGGAUUAUUCAAGGAUUGUAAGGGCCUGAAUUUGGAGUAGUAAUUUAAAAUAUAAGUAUGUAAUGUUGGGACGGAAUUUGGAGUAGUAAUUUAAAAUAUAAGUAUGUAAUGUUGGGACGGUGGGGCGGCAUGAGCUUGGUGUAGAAAUCUUUAUGUGAUGAUGGCACAUAUAUGGAUGACUCAUUCAGGAAUAAAGGUGGGAUGUGACAGGGUCAUCUGCACACCGGAGGUUUGUCACUGUAGAAUGUGAAAAUGAUAGGAUCCAUGAUGUUGUUAUAUUUGUGAAGGUUGUUGAGUGUUGGAGGUUGAAUAUAUGCCUUGCAGCUAAUAAUUAUGCGAGACCAAUUAACACCUUAUUGUAGAAUAUUAUUUCAGUUGCUAUUUGGCCUCCCACAUUAGGAUCACUCAAUGAAAGGAGGGUAUUACAAUUC